AUGGCGUAUGUAGCAGUGUUUGCCAAGCGAAGUUUGAAGCAUGUGUUUCAAAUACUUGAGAAGGAUGAUUGCAUUGAAAUGAAAUUCCAACGUGAUUUUGACAAAUUUGUAAUCAUAUUGAACAUUUUAAACAUGGGAAAAUUUUCAAAAUUUUCUCGAGAGAAUCAAUCUGGUAAUAAUAAACAUUUCGCGUGCUUGCCACGGGCUGUGAAAAAAGUGGCAUGUAACAUGGGCCGCCAGGUAGAGCUACCUUGGGAUGUUAAAGGCCUUUCUGGUUUUUGUUUUAGAAAUGUUAUUUUGAGUUUUUCUCAUACAGUUAUAAUUUUGAGAGUCAUUUGCUCCUCUUUCGCUUUUACUUUAUCAGCAAUGUUCAAGUUGGUCUCUGUGAAAAAGCCGAAGAAGAAGGCCGACCACAGAUGUCGCAAGUGCGAUGAUUCGUCUGACUCCGACUGCAGCUCAGACAGCAACUGCUCUGACUCCGAUGAAAAGCCAGUUAGAGUGGACAGAAACAGAAUACUGGUGAAAGAAGUGGCCGUUCAGAAGCCGGCGCCCAGACCACAGCCGCAACCUAGGGUCGUUUAUCGAGAACCAGCUAGAGAAGAACUCGUGAACCUACCUGUUCCCUGCUCUCUGCUGAACAAUGAAAGAUCGAUGACCUACUCGUUAACCAUAACUCCGGAAGCACCACCUAGACCUCCAUCUCCUCCUCCUCAACUCCAGGUUCAGUACGUUCCUGUCCUCGUUCCUGCCGAACAACAAUACAACGAUCAGCCUAAAUAUUUUCCAAUUCAAACCCAAAUCAUUCCUGCUCAAGCUCCGGCUGUUGUCUCUGUUGGUCCUUCCUACACUGAGUAUGCUGAGGUCCGCAAAAACCACCACCACCAGCCGACCGUACAAGUGAUUGCUGUUAAAGGUCAGGCCCAGCCUGGCUUCAGCUACAUUCAUUAAAACUAGCCAUCCAUGAAAGCGGGCAAGCCUUACGAUCACUAUGUGCCCAAAUUCAUAAUAUUGACAAAUUAUCAGUGUUCUUAUCAUUUUUUAUCUCGGUAUCGAUGUUUUUAUUAGCUUAUAAGACUAAUCUUACAUUAAUUUAUUAAUAGUAUAAUAUUUAGUACAACAUUUAAAUUUCUAAUUUGAGACUAAAUCUAAGGAAUGAUGUAAUUCAUUGAAUAAUGUAAACUAUUUAAUAAGCAGUGGUAGCGACGUUAAUGAGGAUGAUGAUAAAAAGAUUUCAAAACAACUGCCACAAAGUUAAUGAUGAAUAAUAAACUGUUUGCAUUAUCAUCAGAAAAUAAUAUAAGCGAUUACAGCAGCGAUAGUAAUAGAAGCAGAAGCAGCAAUAAUGUCAUUAGAAUAUUGUAUAUAUUGAUAUAUAAUAUUAUAUUGAUAACAUUGUUGUUCUAAUUGUACCAUUUGGCGUUGUUACUAAUUCCAAUAAAUGUUUAAUUACUGUUAAUUGAA